AUGGCAAGUCGAACCCUUGCCCCUCUAUACGGUGGCAGAUAUGUUCUCGGCAUUGCUUCUGUCGCUCCAUUCACUUGCACAUGCCCUCUUUCGACACGACCACCACCAACGAGAACAGUUGAAUUUUACUACGGUAGCCGGAAGUAUGUCGGAACUGGCAAGCUUGGUGACACACUUUUGCACGUUGUCAAGGAAAACGGGAUGCCUUUCGCUAAUUUCGGAGCAUGCGGAGGUAAGUGUCAUGUAUUAAUAAAUACAUGCAUUAGUGCCAUAUAUUACCAUGUAUUGAUAAAUAACUUGUCUAACUAGGG